AUGGCUGGCGCAGAUUCGCUUUGCACCCUACCAGCCUCUGACGAUGGAACUUGCUCCGUUGCCUCGUCCAAGCGAGCGUACUACCAGUCCGCCAUCGCCAGAGAUGUGAUUCAGGAAGACGAAGACAACCCAGCCUGCGAACGGUUCAAGCUCAAGACUUUGGAAGAACACCGGUUCGCCACCCGCUUCCAAGAGAAACGAGUCACGCCAAAAACCUGGCGGUCAGCUCUACGCGAAGCCCACAUACUGAUCCAGUCCGGGGAACGUGUAAAUCUCGUCGAUGCGCUGUAUUUGCUACUGGAGAUCAUUUGGCUCGACCCACGCGGGUGCAACCUCGCCUCGAUGUAUCUGGACACAGGAUCUAUCUAUCUUGAGUUCAAUCAUCUCACAGAAGCUGUAAAAUCAUAUCGCAACUGCGUACGCCUCGACCCGUCCAACUGGAAAGCGCGGUACAACCUGGGCAUUGCCUCGGCCCGGUCACAAGACUUUGUCGAGGCGAUUCGUCAGCUUAAACUGGCGUUGAAGACGUGUCCGGCAGACAUUGCUGUGGAAAUUGUGUCAAUUUUCGAAGAGAUCGACCGCAUUCAGUGCUCCAAGAAUCUACGUGCUUUUAACGCAACGAAGCCGGCUCGAGCGUUCACCAAUCAGUAUCUCGAAUCGGUGCACUUUGCUGCUGGCACUUGCCGGAAAUCUGAGGUGUCCAGCGCUUUAGCUCUACAGGAGGAUCACACGCUCAGCCACAGGAAUGGUUUGCCUCUAGGCUCUAAUACGCCGCAGCUGAUGGACGUCUCUCGUGAGUGGCAAGGACCGAUGGCGUCGCUGUUGCAUCGGCUGUAUGGAUUCUCCAGAUGUCGUCACACGAGCGUCCAAGAGGAACUGCGUCGACUUGACCCAACACGUUCGGGAGGAUUAUCUCUUCAAGCACUUUCCGAGGUGGCGGCAAGAAUCACAGGCACACCUCUGCGUGCAACAGAGCUGAAAGCGCUGGACUUCAUGCUAGGCAACGAAGGAUCCAUCAUCUUCCACUUCUUGACUCCGAAUACUGACAGCGUUCAUGUCCUUGACGAGAUGCUGAGCCUUGGUGCGUAUCAUGCGCUGCUGGAGUUAAAGUUACAUCAGAAACGCGCACAGCGAAGUGUUACGAGCAGAACUGGAGGGCUGUGGCGCUGGUUUGAUAUCACAAUGGCAAAAUGGAUUAAGCAAGUGCUGCCUCAGCAAGAGCAUGCAGCUUCAGCACUGAUAGAAAGCCUUAGCGUUCAUGGCUGGGUAACGCCCAUGGACUUUGCUUGGCAAUGGAAGCGAAUGCCGGAACCUGAUGAUUUGCCCAUGCUUAAGCUCGCAGAUCGCGGCACGUUUAUUUAUGAAUGCCACCGUGUACGCUCUUGCAUCCAGGAGGAGGCGAGGUGCACUUUGCAAAUGUUUGCCCGGCGUACUCUCAUCCAAAUCAAACGAGGGAAGAAUACGAUACUGGCCACGGAGACACUCCUCGAUCAACAAAUUGCCAGAGAAGUCCUUCGCUGCCUGGACGAUAUGGUGGAUGAUCUGAUGAUGAGCUCUCGCCAACAGCAGUGUAGUUACGAAGACGCUGUGGCCUGGCAAGACAUUCCCGUGAGGUCAGAACAGCGGCAGAAGGUCAUCUCGGCCGUGAGCGUAGUGCAAACGGCUGUGCGCACGAAGGAUUCUGCAUAG